AUGUCGACUGCCAAGACGUGAGCAUCUACGGGCCCGUACUGCACUGGUUCCUGGAAGGCCAGACAGCCAUGAGAGAGGUGGAAACUCAAUACUGACGCAUGAUCCCUCCUUUUCCGCUUACCCCCUCUGCUGCUACUCGCUGAACCUGCCUGUCACUCGCCUCUUUUCUGUACUGGCUGUGUGGCGCAUAUUCUCGAUCGCAGUACCGUUCCUUCCAAGCAGGACGUGCUCCUGCCCGAGACUUUGCUCAAGAAGCGCAAGUCUGACGCCAAGUCGCGCGAGGAGAAGGCGGCCGCCGCUGUCGAGAAGCGCAAGGUGAGCAUCGGAUGCCGAGCAAAGUGCACGACUGCUGCAAUGUCAACACAUGGGCUCGGGCAACCAGGGGCAUGGCGAGCCAUCCGAUUUAGGCAUGGCGGACGACCGCAUGGCAGAUGAUGGGAAGGGUGUGGGAGGCAGCGGCGAUGAUUUGAGGGUUGGGAGUAAAAGUGAUCUGGAAAGGAGGAGCUCGAACCCGCGAAGAUGCAAAACAACCAUCUGUUUUGGCUAGCUAUGCGAUGCUGCCAGCAAAUUAACCAUCUUUCGGGUCUGACGCGGGUCGUCAAAACUCCAGCGGACGAGCACUGGAUACGCGCAGUUCAGCAUCACCUGGGCAGGCUCGAUGUUGCUUGGUGCUGUGCCGUUCUAUGGCAGCUGGGAUUGAGCAUGUGCUGACAUCGACCCAUUGCAUCCACUCAGGCCAAUUGGCAAAAGCGCGCCAAGAUCUUCAAGCGCGCCGAGCAGUACACGCGCGAGUACAAGAACCAGGAGCGCGAGCAGAUCCGCCUUCGCAGGGCUGCCAAGGCUUCGGGCGACUUCUACGUCGAGGCUCAGCCCAAGCUCGUGUUCGUCAUCCGUCUGCGUGGUAUCUGCAACAUUGCGCCCAAGCCCCGCAAGAUCUUGCAAUUGCUGCGUCUCUUGCAAAUCAACAAUGGUGUCUUCCUUCGUCUGACCAAGGCCACCGCCCAAAUGCUGCAACUGGUUCAACCUUACGUCACUUACGGCCCUCCCAACCUCAAGUCUGUCAGGGAACUCAUCUACAAGCGUGGAUACGCUAAGAUCGACCGUCAAAGAAUUCCUUUGUCCGACAACAGCAUCAUCGAGAAGCACCUCGGCCAAUACGGUAUCAUCUCCAUUGAGGACCUUGUUCACGAGAUCUACACAGUCGGCCCGAACUUCAAGCAGGCAAACUCCUUCUUGUGGUCCUUCAAGCUCCCCAACCCUAACGGUGGAUGGGCCAACCGCAAGUUGACUCCUGUUGUGCAAGGUGGAGAGUGAGUGGCUGAGUCCUGGAACAGGUCGCCGCCGGACCGGAUGGAUCGGGACUGUCGUCGUUGCGAUACGCUGACUGACUGUCCGUACACUUGACUCCUCUGCAGCGCCGGUGACCGCGAGGACGCCAUCAACAAGCUCAUUCGACGCAUGAACUAA